CUUAUAUCCAACUGCAGUUUUAUUCGAUCGCCACUACAACUGCCACACAGAACAAUUCGGACUCAAACUCAAACAUCAAUAUCACUAUCACCCAAACUACCAACUCAAAUUACAUCCUUGGCUAAACUCAAUCAAAAUGCUCUUCACAACCAUUCUCCCCUUCACUCUCCUCACCGCCGUCCUCGCUUCCCCGGUACCCGUCCCCGCCUCUACCUCCCCAAUCUCCACCUGCUCCACCCUCACCACUAAACUCGAUUACUACCAAGGCUACCAAUCUCCAUCCCAAUGCGGCAUCAAUGUUUCCUCAGGCAACAUCACCGCUGGUGUUUGCGUCAAUAUCGUAACUCAAGGCAUCAUGCUUUUUCCGGCUGAUACGGAUUGCACCUAUAGUAUCUGGAAAGGAGUCACCGAUUGUAGUGGUGGUGUUACUCAGACUUUUGAUUUGGGAGUCUCGCAGCAGGGUGUGCAGAGUGUGGGAACUUGUGUUGGAACGGGAGUUAUGGAUGGGGGGAGAUUUUAUCAUGCUAGUGGAUUUUUGAGUUGUGGAUGCAACUAG